AUCGUGCACUAAUAAUUAUUACACGUAUGUAGUAAUUUAAUAAUACAAUUAUUUACUAAAAAAACCGUGUUGACAAACUGGGCAUAAAAUUAAAAUCACACAGUCGUUUCAUAGGAUUUUAAUGUCAUGGUUAACGUGCCGUGGAUAUUCAGAAGACGAAGUGCUUGUGAACUUUGUUGAUAAAUAUUAAAAUGAGUACGUCCUCGCAAGGACCUGACGAUGUUAGAAGUGAAACAACAUCUGAGACUGCACAAUUAGUCAGCCACGAUGAUCUAGCUUCAACUUCCAAUUAUACUCAAUUAAAUAGAUCAGUGAAUUAUCAAGAUCCUUUAGAAGGUGAAUUUGAAGGCAGCCAUGGAGUCAGACGGAGAAACACUGUGCAGAAGAUUGAGCCCGGGUCAACAAAUGUACUUUCUGCCAAAUUUGAAAGUUUGGACUACGAUACCUGCGAGAACCACCCACUCCUCGACGAGGAGCGGAAGCGUGGCUACGCCUUCGUCAUAUGGAAGGACAUCACACGCUGGUUCAUCUUUUUACUCAUAGGCAUCAUCACGGCUUUAAUAGCGUUUAUCAUUGACGUUUGUAUAGAGGAGUUCUCGGAGAUUAAAUAUAGGGAGCUUAAGAAAUCUGUGGAUACCCACUUGCCACAUCGAAUGUAUGUCCCAUACUUGCUAUGGGUGUUAUCCAACAUUUGCAUAGUUUUCAUAGGUUCUGUGCUCGUUGCAUACGUUGAGCCUGUAGCAGCCGGCAGCGGUAUCCCGCAAGUAAAAUGCUACUUAAACGGGGUAAAGGUACCGAGAGUAGUCCGGAUAAAAACGCUGUUCGUGAAAACCAUCGGUGUGAUCACUGCUGUGGUCGGAGGACUCGCCGGAGGCAAGGAAGGUCCGAUGAUCCACAGUGGCGCGGUGGUAGCGGCUGGUAUAUCGCAAGGCAAAAGCACUACCUUCAACAAGGACUUCAAGAUCUUCCACUAUUUUAGAGAAGACCACGAAAAGCGUGACUUUGUCUCGGGUGGCGCUGCCGCCGGCGUUUCGGCUGCUUUCGGAGCGCCAAUUGGUGGAGUCCUGUUUUCUCUAGAAGAGGGCACGAGUUUCUGGAACCAGGCGCUGACAUGGCGGACUUUCUUCGGCACUGUGGUCUCCACUUUCACGCUGAAUUGCGCGCUUUCUGCGUACCACGGGCGCGCGGGGGAACUCAGUUAUCCAGGUCUCCUAAAUCUGGGCAAGAUGGAUCCGUUCCCGUUCCAGUUCUACGAGCUGCCCGUGUUCAUGUUCUUCGGCGCCGUGGGGGGAUGUCUCGGAGCUCUGUGGAACCACAUCAACUACAAACUCUCCGUCUUUCGGAUUAGGUACAUAACCGCGCCGUGGCUUCGAGUAGUAGAGGCGUGUCUAGUCGCGGCCGCGAGUGCUACCGUCGGCUUCCUCAUGAUGUACGCGCUUAACGACUGCCGUCCUCUAGGAGAGGACCCUACUAAAGUGCCCUUACAGCUAUACUGCGCCGACGGCGAAUACAACGCGCUUGCUGCAGUCUGGUUCCAAACACCCGAAGCCUCCGUGCGCUCGUUCCUACACAACCCUAUCGGCUCAUACAACCCGUGGUCUAUUCUAGUCUUCGUCUCAUGCUACUUCUUACUGUCGGCCUGGACUUUCGGUCUGGCGGUGUCGAGCGGACUGUUUAUACCGAACUUGCUCUGUGGAGCCGCGUGGGGUCGCCUGCUGGCCAUCCUGAUACAGUUAAUGGCGCCUGAGAACACGAUAAACCCGGCGAAGUAUGCCUUAGUCGGUGCGGCGGCUCAACUCGGCGGGGUGGUGCGAAUGACAAUAUCACUGACGGUUAUCAUCAUCGAGACUACGGGACAGAUAUCUAAUGCGCUGCCAAUUAUUAUUACGUUGGUGGUCGCUAAGUGGGUUGGAGACUUCUUUAACGAGGGAAUAUACGACAUUCACAUCCAGCUAGCGGGCGUCCCAUUUCUCCCAUGGGAGCCUCCGCCGCUCGCCCACAAUGUCUACGCGUCCGAAGUCAUGUCCCACCCUGUUUUCACGCUUCGCACCAUCGAGAAUGUCGGUCAUGUGGUGGAGUUGUUGAAGCUGGUGUCUUAUAAUGGCUUCCCAGUCGUCGAUCCUCCUCUAGCUGACGAUCAAGAAGUGCACACAUACAAGCGUCUGCGCGGCCUAAUACUGCGCUCACAACUAAUAGUACUUCUUCAGAACAAGAUCUACAAUGAGAACGAGCACGAGAGCGCCAACACCACCUGGUCCAGCUUCAAUGUGGACAUGGACAUGUUCCGGAAGGAGUACCCGCGGUACCCGUCCAUCAACGAUCUGGAGAUAUCGGACUGGGAAAAAACCUGCACAAUAGACCUGCGACCCUUCAUGAACCCGUCUCCCUACACGCUGCCGACCCGAGCGUCACUUCCACGUCUCUUCCGACUGUUCCGAGCAUUGGGCCUUCGCCACGUGCCCAUAGUCAAUGAUGUCAACGAGGUGGUGGGGAUGGUGACUCGCAAAGACAUUGCCAGGUACCGCGUCUGGAGGCAUCAUUUCAACAUGGGCAUGGAGGAAUUAGUACUCUCUAGUGAAAUUUAAUUGUUUAGUCCAAUAUUGUGUUGAAGAUAACAGAUAAUUAAUACAAAUGUCUAAUCCUAUAAAUUAAAAGGACAUACACUAACCAGUGUGCAUAGCCGAAUGCACAAACGCUUCACGAAACACUCAUGAAUCGUGAAUCGUUUAGACAUUCGGCUACGCACACUUCAUAGAAGAUAUAGACCUAUUUAGAAGAUAAAUGAAAUUGUACAUUAUUGUACUACCUUAAGAGAUGUUGUAUGAAUGUUGAAUUUGUGUGAUGCCUUACUAAUAGGUAUCCAAUUUUGAUAUUACUAAAAGUAGGCAUUCUCAUUCAUUAAUUGAAUUAAUUAAUUGUUAACUUAAAUGGUAUAUGAGCAUUUCUUGUGCCAUUAACAACUUGAUCAAUUAAAUGUCACAUUGCUAUACCCAGUGACCAUCAAGACAGGGUAACAACUAUUUCGAAAAAUAUAUCUAUCUAAACGGUACCUAUAAGAAAUUUUGAGAUUCAAUGUAAUAUUACUUACUAAAAAUGUUAUUGCAUAUUUUUAAUUUAUUGAGAAAUUGUAUGUAAAAUUAUAAGUUCAUGUAGAUGUUAGAUUUCCCUUGAAAAUAUUUGUUUGUUUUUGAAUACUAAUUAUAAUAAGAGCAACAAUAUAGGUAUAAAGCAUUUAAAAAAUACUAUUAUGAUCUGUCUCAUCUCUGCCAUUUGGAUGGUAUAUUUGAAAUUCAACAAAGUAAAUAUUUCAAGAUGACUAUAGCAUUUAAGUGUAACUAGCCAACUUAAGCAGGUUGGUAUACUUUAUGGUUUAUGGAAUAAAUAUUUGGAUAUCCGCCAAAUUAUAUUUCCAUCAUUGGCUUGGCAAGAAUUUGCAAUAUUAUCAUUAUAAAUCACACUUUUAUAGAAUUAUAACCAUUGGAAGAAUGCUGUGCUAGGUUCUAAAAUAAUUGAAUUGGAGUAUUUCCAUGAGUAUUCACUAAAUUAUAUUUGAUGUAAUAAAUAAUAUUGUUUAUGUUUAUAUCUCGGCAUUACAUAUGUAUGUCAAUGUGAUAAUAAUUUAUAAGAAAGGUUUAUCAAGUCUUAUGAAUAAAAAUGUUUAUAUUCUU